AUGACCCAACGCUUGAGAGAAGACUUGCGAGCGUGCGGAAAGGUCGGUCCGUACGCCCGGCAAGAAGGGCGAAACAUCUUUUUCGCCCGGCCCGUGUAUUCCGACCUUGAGGUCUGUAAAAGAUAUUGUAGACCGGCGGGUCCCGACCAGAGAAACGACCGCCAGCGUGAAGAAGGCGAGAGUGUGUGGUAUCGAGCGGCCGGUGGCGUGUACGAUUGUCUCGGCGCCGAUGGCCGACGCUACCUUACCGUGUCGACGAUCACCGUCGCAACGAGGACAGCGGCGACGACGAGCGUUUCGACGGAAGAAGCGGUAGGAAGGAACGCCGUGGCAACCUUCACGGCGUCGUCGACGACGAAAAUUCUAUAUUUCCAUUAUCUCAUGAGAAAGCUCCGAAUAGCCAAAAUCAAAAACCGCGAACUGAAAAAUUUAUAA